CGAUCGCUACUUUAGCUCUUCUGAUUAUAAAUCGCGGGUCGAUUGUCGAUGAAAGAAAUUCGGGUUUCGCUUCAACUUAUGAGAGUCGUUUGGUUUUGAUUGUUCUUGGAGUAGUUGAAGCAUUGACUUUAAUAAUAUGGAUUCUAAUACGUUUCGGAUAUCCAAAGAUAGUAAGGAAUUUUACUUGGCUCGAUACAAUUUGGUGGUGGCGUAUUAAACCGCUUGAUACCAAAGGCAUUGAUGGUGAAGCGGUCGGAUGCUUUCGUUAUUUUGCUUGGGAGAGUUAUAGUAUGUGGUUCAGACAUGGUGUUGUAAAGUAUGUUGGUGAGGUGGAUGAAAAUGGUUAUCCUCAUGGGCUUGGCGAAUGGAUUGAUGAUUCAUUCGACGGUGAAUGUUUAAAAGGUAUUUGGGAAUAUGGUGUACCCAUUGGUCCAUUCCAUUCAAGAGGUUCAGGUACCGGCGAUGCGUUUCAUUCUGUUCGUGUAGGGCUUGUUAAAAAUCGGCACACACCUUGGGAUGAAUGGAGAGCUUUCCCCAGAUCAUAUCAGAGUGGAAUUGAAACCCUCGUAGCAUCCGUUGAAUGUUCCGUUUCUGGAAAGUAUUUUAAGCAUCUCCCUCGCGCUAAUAUAAUUUUACCACCAAACCCACAAAAUUCAGCUGAAGAUGAUAAUGAAAGCUAUAUAUCACCGAUUGAAUAUUGUCUUGGACAUUUGAUGACUUUUGCAUCUGCAAUGGGCACUGAUUUUGCAGCGAAAGAAAUUUCUACAAUCACAAUAAGACUCACAGAUAAAGGUUUAGCCAUCACGGGAUAUUAUCCGAUUAGUUCAACUACAUCAAGGGACGAAGUAGUUGUUAGAAGGGUACCAAUAAAGGAUAAGUUGAAUUAUUCUAAAAAAGAGUACGUUAUUGAAGUUGACGAAUGGCAUCCAUCAGGUAGCUUUUCCCCAUAUGCUUCGACUCAUUCAAUAAACCAUAGCAUUCAAAGAAGCUCACAGGAAUGCAUUAUUUUCAUUCACGGAUUUAAUUGUCCAUCAAAAUUUGCAAUAGAAACAUUAGGCCAAUUUCUUGCUCUUGCCGAUUUACCUGAUUAUAUAAAGCCAUUUGUAUUUUCUCCACCCGGUGCAAAUUCAUUAUG